AUGAAGCCCGCCACCGUCCUCUCCUCCUCCGUCGCGCCCGUCGGCGUAUCGCGUUCGCGCGCCGCGCCUCGUCGCGCCGCGGUGGCCGCUCGCGCCUCCACGGACGCCGCCGCGACGACCCCCGCCGCGGGCGUCGGCAACACGUUCAGGACCGCCACGGAUCGAGUGACGCUCGGCACGAGCGACCUCUCCGUCGCGGCCACCGGCGCGGGCGCGUGGGCGUGGGGCGACCGCAGCGGCUACUGGGGCUCCGACUGGGAGGGCGACCGCGCCAAGAACCUCGACGCCUACAUGACGCUACUCGCGGGAGGCGUCGACUUCAUCGACACCGCCGAGGUGUACGGCUUCGGCAAGUCGGAGGAGCUCAUCCGCGAGUUCAUGAGGGACACAGCCGCGGACGCCACGCUCGCACCGCCGCUCCUCGCCACCAAGUUCGCGCCGAUCCCCUUCCGCUUCCGCGCCGAGGACGUCCCCAACGCGCUCAGGGCGUCCAUGGCCCGCAUGGGCGUCAGGAAGGUGGCGCUCUACAUGCAGCACUGGCCCGCGUUUGGACUUCCGGGCGUCACCGAGGCGUGCAACGACGCGUUCCUCGAGGGCCUCUGCCUGUGCUACGAGCGAGGCCUGUGCCGCGCGGUGGGCGUCUCAAACUUCAACGCCGAGCGCGUCAAACGCGCGGCGAAGAAGUUUAAGGAACGCGGCGUGCCGUUCGCGUCCAACCAGAUCCAGUACUCUUUGGCGUACCGAGCGCCAGAGACGGACACCGGCGUCAUUGACGCGUGUGUCGAAUGCGGCGUCACCCCGGUGGCCUACUCUCCGAUGGCGCAGGGGCUGCUCACGGGUAAGUACUCCGCCGCCAGCCCGCUCGGCGAGGGAGUCAAGGCGACGGGACCGAGGGCGAGGAUCCUCAGCGAGGAAAAGCUGGCGUCCGCGGAUGCGCUCGUCGACCUGAUGAGGGAGAUCGGGCGCAACCACGGCGGCGUCACCCCCGCGCAGAUCGCGGUGAACUACUGCAUGACCAAGGGCACGGUGCCCAUCCCGGGCGCGAAGGACGCCAGGCAGGCGGAGGCUGUCGUCGGUUGCCUCGGGUGGAGGCUCGAUGAGGCCGAGGUGGCCGAGUUGGAGGCGGCGGCGGCGUUGGUGCCGUCGACGCCCGGCGCUCCGUUUGAGAGGUGGUGA